AUGAUGCCGCAGUUGCGUAGCCUCGUCGCGCUGCUCCUGGCCGCCACGGCCGUGGCUGCCGUCGCCGUCCCCGGCGGCAAGCCGGGGUUCGUCGUCACCGGCCGCGUCUACUGCGACAACUGCCGCGCCGGGUUCGAGACCAACGUCUCCCACAACAUCCAAGGCGCGACGGUGCACAUGGAAUGCCGCCACUUCGAGACGCAGAAGCUGCACGACAAGGCGGAGGCGACGACGGACGCCGGCGGGUGGUACCGGAUGGACAUCGCCGGCGAGGACCACCAGGAGGAGAUCUGCGAGGUGAUGCUGCUCAAGAGCCCCGAGGCUGACUGCGCCGAGGUCGAGCGCUUCCGCGAUCGCUCCCGCGUCCCACUCACCCGGAACAACGGCAUGGACCAGACCGGCGUCCGCUACGCCAACCCCAUCGCCUUCUUCCGGAAGGAGCCGCUCCAGAACUGCGGCGAGCUCCUCCGCGGAUACGACCUCUACAACGACACGUCCGAGAACCCCUAAGCUGCUAAUUCAAGGCGGGCCACCAUUGUUUUGUCAAUUUUGCACUGGGGUUUAGUUUCU